AUGUGUUUUAAUGGAGGUGAAUGUGUGCACAGAGAGUUUUGUGACUGCAGUCGAUUUAAUGCAAGUGGAUCAAGAUGCCAGACAGUGCACAACACAGGUGCUGAAAGGGAUAACAUAUGCCGAACGUGGGGCCAAUACCAUUUUGAAACCUUUGAUGGACUCUACUAUUAUUUCUCUGGGAAAUCCACAUAUGUACUUGUGAGACAGAAUGAAAUAGAUGAACAGAGUUUCUCUAUACAGGUUAAUAAUGAUCCAGAAUGCAAAUCUUCACCCUAUUCCUGCAAAAGGUCUGUUAGCCUAUUUUUUUCUGGAGAUGAAGAAAUAAAGUUGAGCAGUGAGGUCAUCUACAAAGGAUUUGGAGUUCAGUUACCUCAUGCUAUAGGAAAUGUACACAUCCAAAAACUAUCUGGAUACAUCCUAGUUAGACACCGGUAUGCAUUCACUCUGGCUUGGGAUGGUACAUCUGCAGUCUAUAUAAAGUUGACACCAGACUACUUGGGCAAAACACAUGGGUUAUGUGGAAACAACAAUGCUAUCCUGCAGGAUGAGCUUGAGACUAGUUAUGGAAAAUUGACUGAAGACAUUGCAGAGUUUGUAGAGAGCUGGAGGGAAAAUCGUCCACAGGGCUCACCUGACUGGGAUAACUCUUUUAACUAUGAGCCACCCUGUUUGACCCAAAGCCAAGACUCUUUACAGAAGGCAUAUGCUCUGUGUAAUACACUACUAUGGCCUCCAUUUGAACAAUGUCAUGAUUAUGUGAGUCCUCUUCCUUUCAUGGCUAGUUGCACCAAUGACCUCUGCAUGUCAGCAGCUGAUCAUGCAACUUGGUGUCGAGCAUUAACUGAAUAUGCCAGGACCUGUGCUCAAGCAGGAAAACCCCUUCAUGGAUGGCGGACGCACUUUCAGCAAUGUGUUAUUACCUGUGAAGAACCUUUAAUCUACAAUGAAUGUAUCGACUGUUGCCCAGUUUCAUGUCAGCAAAAAACACAGUGUAUUGACAGUGAACUUCCCUGUGUCGAUGGAUGCUACUGUCCAGAUGGUCUAAUUUAUGAAAAUGAAUUAUGUGUCAAGCCUACAGAAUGCCCAUGUGAUUAUCAUGGAAAUUCCUAUAGAACAGGCUCUGUGGUUCAUGAGGAGUGCAAUAACUGUACUUGUAUUGGAGGAAAGUGGACCUGCACAAAUCUUACCUGUCCAGCUGAAUGCUCUGUCUCAGGAGACAUUAACUUCAUGACAUUUGAUGGGCGCAAAUACACUUUCCAAGCUACCUGCCAAUAUAUUCUGGCAAAAAGCCACAGAUCUGGCAAGUUUACAGUGUCUCUGCAAAAUGCUCCUUGUGGACCGAACCAAGAUGGAUCAUGUACCAAAUCAGUCAAUCUGAUUCUUAAUCAGGAUCCCAAGAGGCAAGUGACUCUGACUCAUUCAGGAGAUGUUUUGAUAUAUGAUCAGUACAAAAUUAGCCUGCCCUAUUCGGAUGAUUCUUUUGAAAUCAGGAAGCUCUCCUCUGUAUUUUUGCAAGUAAAGACCAACAUUGGACUACAGAUACUAUAUGACAGGCAGGGGCUAAGGCUCUAUCUUCAAGUUGACGACCGAUGGAAGGAUGAUACUGUGGGCCUUUGUGGAACCUUCAAUGGGAACAUGCAGGAUGACUUUUUAUCUCCAGUAGGAGUACCUGAAAGCACCCCGCAGCUGUUUGGAAACUCCUGGAAAACUUCAUCCGCAUGUGCCCCUGCGUAUGACCAUUCACCAAUGGACCCAUGUGAUAUCCACCUACAGGCAGCCUCUUAUGCAUCAGAAGCUUGCAGCAUCGUUACAAAAGAACUCUUUGCCCCUUGCCACACCUAUCUGAGUCCUGUUUCCUAUUUUGAGCAUUGCAGAAGGGACACCUGCAAAUGUGGCCAGAUUUGCUUGUGCUCUGCUUUAGCCAAUUACGCUCAUCAAUGCCGAAGACAUGGAGUGAUAAUAGAUUUUAGGUCUAGCAUCCCAGACUGUGCUCUUUCAUGUGAAGACACAAAGGAGUACAGUACCUGUGUAUCUACCUGUGGCCAAACUUGCCAAACAUUUUCUAUGCCAGAGACAUGCAGCGGUGAUUGUGUUGAAGGUUGUGCUUGUCCUCUUGGAAUGUAUUUGAACAGCAAGACUGAAAGAUGUGUACAGAGGAAUGAGUGCCCUUGUUAUUUUCAAGGAAUUGAAUAUCCACCCGGAGAAAAUAUUAUCACCUCUUUGGGCAAAUGCCAUUGCAAAGAUGGAAUGAUGAGUUGUGAGAACAACAUUGUACACAACUGCCCAGCGGGCCAGAUUUAUGUUAACUGUAGUAACCCACAAGCUAACAUGGAGCUUAGCAGAGAGAGAACCUGUGAGAACCAGCUGCUAAAUCUCACCUUCUCAGCACAUCUUCCUUGUCUUUCAGGAUGUGUUUGUCCACAAGGCCUUGUUAAACAUGGUGAUGCAUGCUUUGAGCCAGAUGAAUGCCCAUGUUCAUGGAAAGGAAAGGAGUACUUCCCAGGUGACAAAGUCAUUUCUUCCUGUCAUACCUGUAUCUGCCAGCAUGGGUCAUUUCAAUGCACCUUCCAUCCCUGCCCAUCAAUGUGUACUGUGUACGGGGAUCGGCAUUACAGGACAUUUGAUGGACUCACAUUUGACUUCAUUGGAGCUUGUAAGGUUCAUCUAGUUAAGAGCACUUCAAUUACUAGUUUUUCAGUCAUUACAGAAAACGUUAACUGCUUUAAUACUGGAAUAAUUUGCAGAAAGUAUAUUUCCAUUAAUGUUGGAAAAUCUUUUAUAACAUUUGAUGAUGACACUGGAAAUCCAAGUCCAUCUAGUUAUAUAGACAAACUACAAAAAAUACACUUAUGGAAAGCUGGAUUUUUCACACUUGUUCAUUUUCCUAAUGAACACAUCACCAUUCUGUGGGAUCAGAGAACAACUAUUCAUAUACAGACUGGACCUCAGUGGCAGGGUGAACUGACUGGAUUAUGUGGAAAUUUUGACUUGAAAACAAUAAAUGAAAUGAGGACUCCAGAAAAUUUUGAGUUAACAAACUCUCAAGAGUUUGGAAGUAGCUGGUCAGCUGUAGAGUGUGUUGACAGCUCUGACAUUCGAAAUCCAUGCAGUUUGAACCCACUUAGAGAGCCAUUUGCCAAGAAAGAAUGUGGGAUACUGUUAAAUGAAAUGUUUGAAGCUUGCCAUCCAGUGGUUGACGUCACCUGGUUUUAUUCAAACUGCUUGACAGACACAUGUGGUUGUAACCAAGGAGGUGAUUGUGAAUGUUUCUGUACAAGUGUAUCGGCGUAUGCACAUCAGUGCUGUCAGCAUGGAGUCAUAGUAGACUGGAGGUCCCCCAGAGUGUGUCCUUAUGACUGUGAAUAUUUCAAUAAAGUUCUGGGAAAGGGUCCCUACAAACUGGUCAGCUACUGGGAUGGAGAAGUUGCAAUGGCAGCCAAACUGUUGGGUGGCUAUGUUUUCCCAGUGAGAGCAGAAGAUUUUGUUCCGGGAGAUGCCGCGAGCUUUAUGCUGACUUCAGGAUGGUAUAAGCCCAAAGCACAUGAUCCCAACUUGGUUUCAUUUGAAGCAGCUGACCGACCAAAUUAUUUUCUUCAUUUGGCUUCCAAUGAUACCCUGCUUCUUUCCAAAUGGGAAGAAAGUGAAGAGUUCCAUAACAGAUCAACCUUUGCCAUCCACAAGAACACAUGGCUCCCAGGAUACAGUUCCUUUGAGUCAUUUGCAAAGCCAGGAUUCUUCAUCCACAUUUCAGCUUCUUCAGUUGAUCUUUUGAAAUACAAGCAUUCAGAGAAAUUCAGACUGUCGACUCUUUUUAAACUUGUAGAUGCCAAAUUUAAGUUUCCAGCCCAUUCUACAUGCGAGUGGCGUUAUGAUGCCUGUACAAGCCCUUGUUUCAAAACAUGCAGAGACCCUUUGGGACAAAACUGUCAGGAUGUACCAAAAGUGGAAGGAUGUGUCCCCAUGUGUCCUCUCCAUAUGGUGUUGGAUGAAGUCACUCAAAGAUGCGUGUAUUUUGAAGAUUGCAUUGAGCCUUCAGUUGAUGUUCGACCUUCACCAUCCACUAUGAGAACACCAACUCUUUCACAUGUAACUUCCAGUUCUUUCAAUGUCUCGGUUGCAGCAGUUCUGAGUAAAGUAGUAACUUCAUCCCCUAUACCUGAAACAAAAGACACAAAAACAACACGUGCAUCAAAGUGGCAAUUCAGUGCAACCAUAGAAAAAACUAAAUUUUCAACUGUUCUUAUUCCAAAUACAACAGUUUUAACCACAACUAUAUCACCAAAUGUUUCGGCAUAUUCAACUGGAGCUACAUCAUCUGGCAAAAGCACUAUUGCAAUGUCUGAAUCACCAAAAUCUAAUAUAAGUUUCCCUUCAGUACUUCAUGUUUUUCCAUCAACAACUCCUGCCACUACAGAAAUCUCUACAGGUAUACAAGCAACGAGUAGUACCACUCCUAAGGUUUUGAGUGCUACAGAGCCUGAGACUGUAACUACAACACAUGCAAUGACUAAAAUCACUGAAACAGAAGGCAAACCAACUUCUACUUUUAUUUUAACUGGGACAUCGUCAAUAAUAAGAGUAACAGAAUCACCAGUCACAACUACUGCAAUAUCGGAAACAUCAGAAAUAGGCACUAGGAUACGUCCCACAGUGGAAACAAAACUAAAACCAGAAAAAACUAUAGCCCCUUACUUUGUAUCAGCCACAGAACAAACAACUACAUAUUUCACCAAAUACACUAUGUCACCAUCUUUGGAAACCUCUUCUUAUGCACCAACAGCAAAUAAAACAAGAACUUCAGAAGGAACAAAACCAAGUACUGAACAAACUUCUUCCACAAUAGCUAAUGUCACUGAAACUUCAUUUUCUCCUCUGAUUACUACAUUAUUUACACUGAAGCCACCAAUGACUUCAGAAACAACAAAAGGAACAGUUGCUUUAACCAAAGAAGAAAUAAAGACCACAUUUUCCCCACUAUCUACACACCCUGUUCCAUUAUUACAUAUAACACUGUCAGUUACUGAAACUCCUACAUAUAUGGUUCAAAACUUGACAGGUAGUGCAGGGGUAUUCCUUGCCACAACUCAUGGUGCAAAGACAGCAACUCUGCAAACUAAAGAGAUGUCGCCGUUGUUGUCGUCAUCAUCAUCCUCAGGAAUAACUGGCUUCCUAUUUACAACUGGUGAAAAAGAAAUAAUACAAGCAACCACAAGUGUGGAGCAGCCAUCAAGUUCAUAUUUUUCUCCAUAUUCACUGUAUUCUAGUUCAGCUACAACUGCAAAACCCAGCACUCUUCCUACAAAAAGGCCUUCACUGUCCGAUAUAAGUGCUGCUUCUCCAGCUUUAGCAGAAUCAAAAGAAACUUUGCAAACAGCAUCAACUACUGAAUAUCCAUCAUUCAUAGUUCUAAAUAUGACAGAAACCCUGACUACUUUAUACACUAAAUAUCCUGUUUCAUCUCAUACUGCCAGAGCUAUUCCUUUGUCCACAAAAGUAACAUCUAAAAUAACAGGCCCCUAUGAAUUAUCAGCAAAGCCAACUACAUUCUCACAAAGAACAUCUACUGAAUACAAAUCACCUCUAUUUCUUAAUACAACAAAGAUGAGCAUUGAACCCUACACUAUUAGAAUGACAUCAGCAACAAAAACAUCUGCUUUAGCAAAAGAAAUCAUGGAUUUGGUCCCUACAAUUCCAUUGGUAACUAAACAAAUGGAAACAAUGCAAACAACAUUCAUCACUGAAUCUCCAUAUACUCUUAGUGAGACUGAAACAACAAGGAUCAUUGUCCGUCCUGAUGAAGCACAAACAGAAAAAAUUACUAGUGUACAUACCAGAAAGCCAACUACAUUUGCUUCAUCACCAGCAAGCUCCCUACCACCUUUCACUACUCUGCUUCCACUAUCCACAUUUAGAAAAGAGAUAUCAACGACAGCCACUAGUUCUAUGCGCACAUCAUCUGAAGCUACUGUUACAAUGACCAUUACUUUAUACCCAAGAACAUCAGUAGUAAAAUCUACUUUUUCAACAGAAGGAAAGACUCCCCAUUUGACUGCCUCAACCAUAUCCACUAUAGAAGAGCAACCAAGUUCAUUAACAUCACCAUCACCUGCGGAACUGCCAGCAAAAGUCACUUUGAAUAUUACUGAUGCCACAUUAUCCCCAUACUCUGAAUUCAGCAGCAGACUAAUAACUAGUAAAAAAGUGACAGCAGUCAAAGAAAGGUCAACUUUGCGCACUUCUGUUACAUCUCCAUUAACAAAGUCACCUCACAUAUUCCCUACCGCUCAGUAUCUGGCAGAGACAUCGGUUUCCCUAUACACUUUAACACAAAAAAUACCUAAGGAACCAGCCACUACAAAGCACCCAGUACAGACUGAAACAGUUUCCACAGUCUCAAAGCCUACAGUUAAAACCGUCGCAGAAACAGUAAAACAAACAGCAUCUACAACUCAAAUAUCAUUAAUCAAAGAUUACUCCCCCUUUGCUACAACUUCCUCUGUUCAAACUUCAUCAGCAGCGAUGGUUUCUCCACAGAUCAGAGAGGAGUCUGCUGUACCACGUUUCACUACCAAAUUGACAAUAGAACAUGUUCCUUCAACUCCCAAACCUUAUUUGGAAAGCAAAAAAAGUACCACAAUUUACCAGCCUCCAACAGAAAUAUUGACCACCGCUAUUCAUCCAGAAGCUCUCUUUAGUACAACAGAAUCUAUAGGAGAAUUCACCACCUUGUACCCAUUCCUAACUACCUCCCGACCUGCAGUGGCUAUUUCAACGUUAUCUCCUACCUCAGUAGUUCCAGCUAAAGUUCUUUUGACUACUGAAAAAGAGUCAUCCUUAACUGAUACUGUCUUACAGACUUACGUACAGGGAACUGCCUCAGCUUUGCAGACAAAACUUCCAACUUCAACCAGAAAAAAAAUGGAUUUGACUGUCAGCACAAGACCCCUCUCUUUUUCAUCAAAAGUAAUUACAACUUCAUCACCAUUAGCUACAAUGAAAAAAGAAUUUCCAUCAUUUCCUACCCAAAAGUCAGAUUCCAGUUUCGAAUCCACAAAGCAGACAGCAGUUACUGAACCAAUAGUUUCUAGUCAGACACCUACAGUCUCUAUAGCCAUAUUUCCUUUAUCGAAGUUAACAUCUCCAUCACUUAUUCUAUCAGAAACUCCCAUCACAACGGAGAAGGAGUCAUUAGCAGGUGCCCUUUUAACACCAGUGAUCUCAACAGCAUCCACAUCAAUGGGCAAAAGUUCUACAGAGAAGACUGUGGUGUUGUCUAAGCAGGUGCCACUUUCAACUACUUCCUACGGAUCCACAUUCCAAGCAGGAACAGUGUUACCAGCUACCACACGUUCUUCGACUACAGCCACUGUUUUAGCACCUUCAUCAGGAAGUAGUGUAACAGCGCAAAACAUCACUACAGCAUCAGCUACUUCAGGGACAACAGCAGCAAUAAGAGAAGCCCUCACCACCUCAUUGUUUUCAGGGAAACCCAUAUAUUUUUCUGUUGCUUCAGAAACAGAAAAAGCCAUCACCUCUGAAACAGCAGAGCCUGCAGGGCCAGUACCGGUUACAAAACCACAGUCUCUUCAUACGCCAGGCGUCACAGAUUUGAUCACCCCCACCUUAAAAACAACACAGACAUUUCAUUCUCCAUAUUUCACAAAUAUAACUGCUGUGCCUCCUAAACUAGGUGUAUCAGUUUUGUCCACCAUAUAUUCAUCCUCUGAGCAAAAAACUGCCACUUCUAGUGCCGCAUCAUCAGGCACCACUAGUCAAACUCCAAAACUUGGAACACUGUCUGUAACUGAGGUCCACACACCCUCAAAGAGUUCGUUGUUAAUGAUGCCAACCCACUCAAAUGCUACAAUGGCUGCAUCAGUUCCUUCAUUUGCCUAUUUAUCUACCAAACCACUUUAUGAGUCUGCUACAGAGUAUUCUGGUGGACUAACAACAGCUGAAGCUAUCUCAGGAGUCACAGCAUCAGUUUUCAUGCCAGCUAGAGAAACAGCAACGCUCCAAACUUGUGUACCAAUUACAGAGAAUGAGUGCAUAAAACACAUUUGCUUGGAUGGACAACUAAUCCAAGUUAACAAGUCACAGAACUGCCCUUACAAUGCAACUCAGCCCAGCUGUGGAGUUCUAGGGCUCGCUGUUCAGAUCAAUGGUGACAAAUGCUGCCCAAAAUGGGAAUGUGCAUGUCGUUGUACAUUUUUCUCUGAUCUGAGCUUUUUAACCUUUGAUGGGAAUCAUUUGGCUUUAUUUAAAGAGGCAGCCUACAUUGUUAGCCAAACUCAAGAUGAAACGAUAACCAUCCAUAUCUUUGACUGCAGAAAUACCAACAUGGGUCACUUAAACUUGACUUCACUGUGCCUGGCAAUGCUGAAUUUAACCUAUUUGUCAAACCAAAUAAUCGUUGAUCGUUUAAACAGAAAAAUAACUGUAAAUUCAAGAUAUGCCUGGCCUACAGUUAGAAAAUAUGGAUUUAAAAUUGAGGACACUGGCUUCAUGUACGUAAUUGAGACACCAACAAAUAUCAGGAUUCAGUGGUUUCACAGCACUGGUAUGGUGAUCAUAGAGUCAAAUACAACCAGUGAACCAAAAGUCUUGGGACUAUGUGGUUUCUGUGAUGGAAGCUCAGCAAAUGACCUGAUGCUACCCAACAGAACAGUUUUAAGCAAAACUGAUGCUCCAUCGAAUUUUAUAGACAGCUGGCAGGUGCCAAGCACAUUAAAGUAUGUUGGAGAAGACAGGCACCAGGAAACUAAUUGUUCAGUCAUGGACUGUUCCAGGUGUUUCAGCUUGGUGUUGAACCAGACCUUCAGUAGCUGUCAUCCUUAUGUUCCACCUGAAUUAUUCUGUGACCUGUGGGUUCAAGAUGUGGAAUACAUUCAGAAUCCUUGUGUAGCACUGGCUGCCUAUGUGGCCAUGUGUAACAAAUUUAAUAUCUGCAUAAAGUGGAGAAGUUCAGAUUACUGCUCCUUUCCCUGCUCAGAAGACACCUCCUACCAGGCCUGUAUAGCUGCCUGUGACAUUCCAAGCACUUGUCAGAAUGGUGAGCCCACUCCUCAGGAUUCAGAGUCCUGCUCAGUGCUGACAGAGGGCUGUGUCUGUUCUGAGGGGACCAUUCUUCACCGUGUUCACUCCGCUCUCUGCAUUCCAGAAGAGAAGUGUGCCUGCACAGACAGUUCGGGAGCACCCCACGCAGUAGGGGAGAUUUGGAAAACCUCCCUUAGCGGAUGCUGCAUGCACAAAUGUGUUGACAAUGAGACCAUUAUUCCUGUGGAAUACAACUGCUCAGAUAUUCACGAUUUAGACUGUCAGCGCUUUGGGGAAGUGGCCCUGAUUGUUCCUGAUGAUCAGACCUGUUGUCCUCAAAAGAUCUGUAUUUGUAAUCAGAGCUUUUGUGAAUCCUUUAUCCCUGAAUGUAAGGGCCUGGAAAAGCUAGUCACUUACUAUCGUGAAGAUUCCUGUUGUCCCAAUUACACUUGUGAAUGUGACCCAUUCAAGUGUGAACCAGUGGAGCAGAGUCAGAACUGCCGAGAAGACCAAACUCUGAUUGCUGCUCGUGUGGAGGGGACCUGCUGCAUAUCUUAUAUAUGUGCAUGUGGGGUUUGCUCUGAUCAGAUACCAAAAUGUCAGGAAGGAGAAGUGCUUACCGUGGAUGGCAACACUACGGAUAGAUGUUGCCCUGCAUACCAGUGUGUUUGUGAAACUUAUCGUUGCCAUAAAUUCCAGUGUGCACUAGGGAUGUCUUUGGUGGAAGUUUGGAGCCCAGAAAAGUGUUGUCCGUAUCGUACAUGUGAGUGUGAAUGUGAUACAGUCGCUAAACCUCAGUGCAAACUGGGGGAGAAACUGCAGAUAGAUGAACAGUUUCAGAACAGCACAGAAAAUGUUUGUGGCUGUACUAAGUACAAGUGCGUGAGAGACAAGGUGUGUCUGAGUCACGAGAGAGGAGUACUGCGUCCUGGACAGACAAUUAUGGAACAUACACCUGAUGGCAUUUGCCAUACUUCUUAUUGCACAAACAUGAUUGAUCCCUCCACCAAAUACUAUCGGAUAAAUAUCUCCUGGACAAACUGUGUCAUCAAGUGUGAAGCUAAUCAAGUAUAUGAGCCUCCAAAAGAUUUAACAACCUGCUGUGGUCACUGUAAGAAUGUAUCUUGUCUCCACACUUUCAGCAAUGGGACAGUCUCCAAUUUUAAGCCCGGUACUGCUUGGAUUUCAAACUGUGUGAAGUAUGACUGCACAACCACAGCAGUAGGACCAGUUUUAAUUACAUCUUCCAUCAGCUGCCCACCCUUUAAUGAAACUGAAUGUGUGAAGAUUGGAGGUUAUGUUGUGCCCUUUCUAGAGGGAUGCUGCAAAACAUGUAAGGAAGAUGGGAAAUUUUGUAAAAAGGUGACUGUUAGGAUGACUAUCCGCAAGAAUGACUGCAGAAGUAACACACCAGUAAACAUUGUUUCAUGUGAUGGAAAAUGCCCUUCUGCUAGCAUUUAUAACUACAACAUCAACGCAUAUGCAAGAUUCUGCAAAUGCUGCAGGGAACUUGGGUUACAAAGACGAACUGUGCAAUUGUACUGCAGUGGCAACUCGACAUGGGUCAACUAUUCAAUCCAAGAACCUACAGACUGUUCUUGCCAAUGGUCUUGA